GAUCCUAAAGUUCAACGUUUCAUUCAAGAAGUUGGUGAACAACAGAAAUUGCAGCAAGCUAUACAUCAAGUGAAUGAUCUGUGUUUUAAUUUAUGUAUAGACAAACCUGGCCAAAGAUUGGACAGUAGAAGCGAAUCCUGCUUGAAAAAUUGUGUGGAUCGUUUUAUCGAUACCUCUAAUUUCAUUGUCAACAGAAUG